AUGGCGAUGGUCGCAUCCCCGUCCUUCUUGAAGGACAUGCAGGUGAACUGGGGAUCCAUUGCAAGUGUGAGUGAAGAAGCAUCGAGGGCAAUGGAGACAGUGCAAGCCAAGGCCAAGCAACCAGAGGACAUGAUCUCGACAGCACAGCUUCCCGUGAGUUCUGUUCGCGAUGCAGUGAUCCUUCUGCAAAGCCCGGGCAGCGGCGCAGGACGAGAAAUUGAACCAGAUGAGUUGCGAGAGAUUGUGGCGGAGCUGAUAGCUGCAUACAGCGACCCAGAUCUUCAAAGGAAGAUUAGAGACAUUUACGAGAAGCAGAGAAGAGCUCAGCUUCAAGCCAGUGCUGCAGGUGUCGCAUCGGAGGAUCACAUGGCUGAGCUUCGAGAACUUUUGUGGCCUUGCCAGACCGACAUUGCCGAGGCCUACGGGCUGCCUGGCACGACGGAAGGGCUACAGCGCAUCCAAAACUCUGUGCAGAGACGAAUCACCGAAGGUGACAUCGAGGUCAGAUGCCUGGCUGAUGAGGCGCUGAUGCUGAUUGGCAUGAGCCCUCUGCAGAACAUCAUCCAGGAGGUGAAAGCGGAGGAUUUCUUGAAUUGUAUAUAUGGAGCUGCUGGAGACAGCAGCGGCACAGAGAUAGAAGAAUUCUUCCUGAAUCUUCGCUGUGAGACCCCACUUGAGAAAGCAGCACGGGCUCGCGGUUUGAUGGCGGCUCGGCGCCUCAAGGAGGAGCGGAACCCUCCGGGUGGCCUGACUUGCGGAUUGUUGCGCACUUGGGCGGCAUACGAGAAGCUAGGGCUGGCACCUCAGCACAUCAUCAGCACGGAGCCGCCGCCUGUGGCGCGACUCAAGAACCCCACAGCCGCCCAGGUCUGGGAGUUUGUACUGCGAAACCAGCCUGUCAUCAUCGAGGGCGCAUGCAAUCCCAAAGACUUCCCUCCGGCCACCGACUUCGCGGAUUUCGAUUACAUGCGAGCUCGAUGUGGCCAUCGCUAUGUCAAGGUCAAGGGCGAUUCUUGCUGGGACAACAAGGGGCGACAGCUGUUCCUCAACGACCCCACGAUUGAAAUCUCUGUGUCGGAUUAUUUGGAUUUGGUAGAAGUUGCCGAAGAGCACGAGACCUGCAUCUCCUGGUACAUGGGGAAGCUGCCACUGCACACAGACCUGCCAGAGCUUUUUGAGGACAUUAACAACUCUCCGAAUUCCCCCUGGCGAAAAUUCGGCACUUGCUUUGGGGAAAACAACAAGGGAGUGCACACCUAUUUCGGCUGUGGUGGGAACACCACCUGCAUCCAUUCCGAUCCAUCGGAGAAUCUGUUAAUGGUUGUGAUGGGUGAGAAGUUCAUGGACAUCUACCCACCUUGUGAUGCAGCCUGUAUGCACACAACAGUGAAGAAGUUCCUCAACUCACUAGUACCACCCUUCAUCGAUCCGAACCAUGUGCCGGAGGAGGUUGACAAGAACUGGGGCAACUACAAGUAUGCACAGCCCCAGAAGGUCCACCUGAAAGCUGGAGACCUGUUUUACCUUCCAAUCUUCUGGUGGCACUCCGUUCAAGGCUCGAUAGGGAGGAACAUGAUCCUGAACUGGUGGUGCCUCCAGCAUCCCUACAAGGAGCACAGAUACACAGGCUACGAGGGUGCCCGCGAGGUUUUGGAAGUUCUACAGCACCUGAAUGAGGCCUGGUCCUCCAACGACAAAUCGGCAGCAAGCGCUCAGGAGCGUUCAGUAGCCCAAGAGUUGGGAAAUGGCGUUCUCUACUCCGACUCCAUGUGCGCUGCGAGCAACAGCUACAAAAAGCUGGUUGCGCCACCGGUCCCAAAGUCCGUCUCGCAGGAGAACCGAGGCAUAAACCUGAACUCCAUGUCACUCGGGCCGACCAAGGCCUCUUCUGGAUCUGCGCCUACGAAUGGCUUCCGAUGGAAAUCGUCCCGAUGA